GGGGCUGAGGGAGAGAGAAGACAUAUCUGACUACUUCUAAGAAAAGAUGAACAACAACCAGCUAAAACAGUUGUACUUUUUUUUUAUACACGUAAUACAUUGGUUUAUGUUUGAAACAUCUGCUGUAUCGGUCCACAAAGUCAGAGAAGAAAAGUAAACAGAGAAAGAAUGCAGAUUUUGUACGUGGCACGUUUACGUGGCGUGAACAAUGAGCGUUACCCGGAAGUGCUACAUUUGGCAGAAACAUUUCGAGCUAGAUAGCUAUAAAGAAUAAUAGCUAAGUGCAGUUAGUUUUGCUCAAAAAUUAUUCAAAAAUAAAUAAAAUAGCUACAUUGAAGAGUACGAUAUGGGCAAUACACUUUCUAGAGAUGACAACGUGUCAACUGUAGGCAACAAUACUUUGUGAGGGAAGAUAGUUAGCCUAGCAGGCUAUCUAAUUUUGCUAACGUUACAGUAGCUACUACUAGAUGAUGUUUAGAUUUCUGCAAAAGUAAGAAACAUAUUAGCUAGAUUGACAUGAUUACAUAAACAACCGUGUUCAAUGUCAACGCCGUAGUGGUUAAAUCGUAGAGUUAUUUAGCAGAACUGACCACAUGGCUGUUUAGACCUCUGUGCAGAUAGUUUUAGUUAUCUAUCAUUGCUGCGAAGGUGUUUCUUGUGAUCAAUGAUUGUUUGACAUUUUAGUCAUUAAGUAUAAGAGCGACUUACAAUUCAUGAAUUUGUUUUAAGAUAGUUAGGUGAGACGACACAUCACGUUAAAUUUUCCCCCAACAAAGUAUUUAUCACCAAAGGCAGUGCUAGUGGGAAAAGAGAAGUACCAUUUGAUUUAUAGUUAUUUUUUAUACUUGGCGUUAUCUGUCUAGAAAUCAAGCUUGCCAACCUAUCUAUCUAGUCAGUUUCUGGAUUCAGACUAGUCUGUUUACCGCUCUAGCUACCACUUUCCAAUAGUCAGGCUAAUUGUUGCAUAGCAAAGCACAGCUGCAAUUAUGUCUAUGGACGACUUCACUUCGAUCAGCCUGCUGUCCCUGGCAAUGCUAGUGGGAUGUUAUGUGUCUGGAACCAUUCCUCUGGCUGUCAACUUCUCAGAGGAGAAGCUGAAGCUGGUGACGGUCCUGGGAGCAGGGCUGCUGUGUGGUACUGCCCUGGCUGUCAUCAUCCCCGAGGGGGUCCAUGCCCUGUAUGAGGAGGUCCUGGAGGGUGUGCACCACGCCCCUGGCCAGGUGGAGGGGGUGGAGGUGUCCCAGCCCAAGGAAGGUGUGGAUGUAGCUCUGGGGGUCAGUGGGGAGCACAGCCACGAUCACCUCCAUGCCUACAUCGGGGUUUCUCUGGUCCUGGGGUUCGUCUUCAUGCUGCUGGUCGACCAGAUAGGAAGCGCCCACGUACACAGCAGUGCUGACGAUCCAGAGUCUGCGAGGGUUGCCAGCUCAAAGAUCACCACCACCUUGGGACUAGUGGUCCAUGCAGCAGCUGACGGCGUGGCUCUCGGAGCAGCGGCUUCAACUUCCCAGACCAGUGUUCAGCUCAUUGUCUUUGCGGCCAUCAUGCUUCACAAGGCCCCAGCAGCUUUUGGCCUGGUCUCCUUCCUGAUGCAUGCUGGCCUGGAGAGGAAUCGGAUCCGUAAACACCUGCUGGCCUUCGCCCUGGCAGCACCUGUCCUCGCCAUGGUUACCUUCGUAGGACUCAGCCAGAGCAGUAAAGAGGCACUGUCCAACGUGAACGCGACAGGCGUGGCCAUGCUGUUCUCUGCCGGGACCUUCCUGUAUGUUGCCACCGUACAUGUUCUGCCUGAGGUGGGCGGGACCGGACACAGCCACUCCCCCACACCGGGGAAGGAAGCAGCGAAGGGACUGGGCAAGGUGGAGGUUGGGGCUCUGGUUCUGGGCUGUCUGCUACCGCUGGUGCUGUCUGUGGGACACCACCACUAGACACACACCGCUAGUAGACACAGAGGAGACCAAGGGGAGGAGAGGAAAGGAGGGAUGUAAGAGAGGAAGAGUGGGUUUAGAGGGAAAGCAGCCUAACAGACAUCUCUAUCACACAUCUCAAAUGUCUUAUGUACCUGUUCUAUUGAUGGACUUCUGAUUUGGUUGGAUUGCGGUUGUUGUGUCCUCGUUGCCGGGACAACGACCUGCGGGUGGAAUCGGAACCGCGCUGGACAACACAAAGGGAUGAUGAUGAUGAUGAUGUCAUAACCAUAGUAAUAAGGACCUCCCACUUGUUCAACACUCUAAAGGAAGUCCUAUCUGCUGAUACUGAUGACAAGACUGCUACCAUGGUUCCUGCUUCUUUUAAGCAGACAUUUAUUUUUCUAUUUUUUUUGGGGGGGGGUGGGGGGGUCUCUCUAGGUAGGCUUUACAGACAGCAGGGGAGUUGGUCAUUGUUGUAUCCUGUUUCAGUGCUACAAAUGAACUGUCAACUCCUGAACUAAUGUUAAUGUACCUGCUUUUGUUUUGUUGCUGAGGACUGGGCUGUGAGAAAUGAAGAGAUAUUUGUGCCAUCUUGCAGUAAAAGUAAAGGUUUUAAAGUGAUUUUUCACUCUCACUUUGUGCUACGUUGAGUUUGCACUCUGACACACGGUGUUCUUACUGUGAGAUGAAAUGUAGUCUAUAUUUAAAUUCUUGCUAGUGCAAUCAGUAACUAAUUAGAAGUUUACAUGUGAGUAGUUGCACUUCUAUGACUUUUGGCUUGAUCUAUAGGCUAUUUAUUAAUCUACCGUACUGUUAAAGGACAUUGGACAUCUGAGAGACAUGUUGUCUAUAAGACUGCUGUCCACAGACUCUGUUGUUGACUCUGUUGGGUAAACAGCUUGAAGGAUGACUGUCUUGCUUCAGCCUCACAAUGGAAGCCCCAGGACUAGCCUCUAAAUUAUACACCGUAAUGGAAGCCCUGGUCCCAGGACCAGCCUCUAAAUUAUACACCGUAAUGGAAGCCCUGGUCCCAGGACCAGCCUCUAAAUUAUACACUGUAAUGGAAGCCCUGGCCCCAGGACCAGCCUCUAAAUUAUACACUGUAAUGGAAGCCCUGGUCCCAGGACCAGCCUCUAAAUUAUACACCGUAAUGGAAGCCCCAGGACCAGCCUCUAAAUUAUACACUGUAAUGGAAGCCCCAGGACCAGCCUCUAUACACCAUAAAAUCUAAACUUAUAUCAACCCAUGAAUUACCCUGCUUUCUGUCACGUUUGGUUUAAAAUGUGGUUCUCUUCAGACCUGUUUUCCUGAGUGAUUGCAGGAUAGCUACUGGUCUACUUGAUGGCAAUUAGACUGGGUACCGGUCUACUUGAUGACAAGUAGACUGGGGACUGGUCUAUUUGACGGUGGUAGACUGCGUACUGGUCUAUUUGACGGUGGUAGACUGGGUACUGGUCUAUUUGACGGUGGUAGACUGGGUACUGGUCUACUUGAUGGCAAGUAGACUGGGUACCGGUCUACCUGAUGACAAGUAGACUGGGGACUGGUCUAUUUGACGGUGGUAGACUGGGUACUGGUCUAUUUGAUGGUGGUAGACUGGGUACUGGUCUAUUUGAUGGUGGUAGACUGGGGACUGGUCUAUUUGAUGGUGUUAGACUGGGGACUGGUCUACUUGACAGUGGUAGACUGGGUACUGGUCUAUUUGAUGGUGGUAGACUGGGGACUGGUCUAUUUGAUGGUGGUAGACUGGGGACUGGUCUACUUGACAGUGGUAGACUGGGUACUGGUCUAUUUGAUGGUGGUAGACUGGGUACUGGUCUAUUUGACGGUGGUAGACUGGGUACUGGUCUAUUUGAUGGUGGAGGACUGGGUGAUUUUAGGGUACAUGACAUUAGGCAUUGUUCAGUGAGUAGUCAGACCAAUAGAUGCAUUAUAAUGAAUUCUGAACUGAGGGACCAGUAAUAUGGAGUGUAGACCAACAGACAGUCACCGGUAGAUGUUCAGACUGAUAGCUUUGUCUGGAUCACCUAGUGUCUGUCUGUGAAGAGGGACUUAGUUAUUUGCAUUUGGGUCAAACAAAACAGCAGUUCUGACGUAAUGACUUUAGUUUUUUUUUUUUUUUUUUUUUUUCAAUUUGCUUUUAAUUUAUCUUCUGUCCUUUUAUCAAUGUUAUAAAAUCUCAGCAAUAAGCAUGUUAAUUUUGUGAGAUCUGGUGUCCGUGUCUACCCACACAGAGUUAUCCAUGAUAUUGAUCAGGUGGUUGAGUGACAUCUCUAACAAUUGAAAGAGAUGCCACUCAAUGCCCCUAUUCGAUCAAAUAAACCACACGUUGAAAAUAAGCCUUACGUUUUUUGUUUUUUUUAAACCAAAUUUAACCAUUAAGCUCUGUACAAAACCUCUUGGUUUAGUGAGUGAAACAUUUUAUACGAAGCUGGAGAAGACAGAUUUUGGGCCCAGUUAUCUCUCUCUCUUCUCUUCUUCUGUGGUUGUGGAGGUGGUUGUGGAGGUGGUUGUGGAGGUGGUUGUGGAGGUGGUUGUGGAGGUGGUUGUGGAGGUGGUUGUGGAGGUGGUUGUGCGCGCAGUACCUUCAGCUGCAGACUGUUUUUUUAAAAAUUCAUGAUAUUUCAUGGAACCAAACUAAGUCUGUUCUAAAGGGAUAUCCUCCCUACUGGUUCUUAGUGAAUUGUGGAUCUCUUGAAGCCUCUUGAUUCUAGUCGAAAGACGUGUGUGUGUGUGUUUGUGUGAGUGUGAAAGAGGAGAGAGUUGAGGGGCAUCAGGGGUUAGCAGUAGACAUCAUGCUUCGGGGAUUGUCAUGUGAUCAUUCCAUAAGGAGUCUGACAUUUUUCCAUCUGUUGCAAACUGUGUUUUUAUGAUUUAUUUAAAUAAAUAAAACUGAAUGGGU